UCAUCAAGUACCCAAUAGGAGUAGUGAGUCGUGAAUUGUCGGCUAUUCAAUGGCAUUAUACGUGGCUUGAGAAAAAGUAAUUUUAUGAGUGGAAAAUUGCAAUUUAAAUUGAUAAAUUUAGUACAAAUUCUUAUCUCGAAUACGUGAUCUUGUGGUGUAUCUUACAGUCGUAAAAUUCUACUGAAAUGGACGGUGGUUUGUUCUCUUUAUUCGUGAUGAAUUGCAGAAUAACAAAUAGCUGCCAGUUUUAAUAGUAUUCGAUAGAAUUAAUGUUCUUCGAUUUAUCGUUUUUUAAAUAAUUUAUAAAUUAUCGCAUUAUUUAUAAAGUUGACGAUUAAGGAUGGCGUCCGGGGAUUUCGGCAAUCCUCUACGUAAAUUCAAACUAGUAUUCUUGGGAGAACAAAGCGUUGGAAAAACCUCCCUGAUUACUAGAUUUAUGUAUGAUAGUUUCGAUAACACUUAUCAGGCUACCAUCGGUAUAGAUUUUCUUUCAAAGACAAUGUAUCUAGAAGAUAGAACAGUGAGAUUACAGUUGUGGGAUACUGCAGGUCAGGAAAGAUUUAGAAGUCUGAUCCCAUCUUAUAUACGAGAUUCGACUGUGGCUGUAGUUGUUUAUGAUAUUACUAAUGCCAAUUCAUUCCAUCAAACAUCCAAAUGGAUAGAUGACGUUCGGACGGAACGUGGAAGCGAUGUAAUUAUUAUGUUAGUAGGAAAUAAAACCGAUCUGUCGGACAAACGACAAGUAUCCACCGAUGAAGGUGAUCGCAAAGCGAAAGAAUUAAAUGUUAUGUUUAUUGAAACUAGUGCCAAAGCUGGAUAUAAUGUUAAGCAGUUAUUCAGAAGCGUAGCAGCAGCUCUGCCUGGAAUGGAUUCUUCGGAAAAUAAACCAGCUGAAGACAUGCAAGAAGUAGUUCUAAAAGACACGCCGAACGAAGCAACCACCAACGAAGAAGGAUGCGCAUGCUGACAUAGCAUUUCUGUGUAUAAUUUCCUGUUGUACUACCGUUGUUGCCAAGCACGAUUCAUUCCUCCAGUAUUUCGCGAGCUUGCUAUGUACACACAUUUCUUAUCGCCAGUAAUACCGCCUUAUAAGCCAUCUUUUUUUACAUUGGAAACAUUUAUUACCCCGAGAGUAAUGAAACUUUUAACUGAAAUGGAUUAAUCUUGUCUAAUUACUAUUAAUAAAACUAAACGUUUUGCGUUUGUAAAAUAAGUUUUAAUGUUUUAUUUAUACGUUAAUAUUUUUGGUUAACCUACGAUUUAAGCAUCGGGUUUUUGAUGAAGCUGGUACAUCAUUGAUAGGCUUCCAAAAAAUGUAUUAAAUCAAUUAGAUAUUGUGUACAAAUGAAACGACGUCUAUUAGGCUUAAUUAUUUUUGGCAUCGAUAGUUUCUUUGUAUUUUUUUUUCUCUACAAGAUAUACAAUAUGCUGUGAAAUAAUCGAAGGUAUAUUUUUAAUUAUUCGUGUGCGUCUAAACGAUCAAAUAUGAACAUAAAAAUGGAAAACCAAACGAAAACAUCUAGAUUAUUCAUUUCAGUAUUAGCAAGAAAAAUAAAUUGUUAUUAGUGCAAAAAAAAAAGAAAAGAGAAAUUGUUGUUGGUGCGUUUUGUUUUAUUUAUUCAUUUUUAAAAAAAAAUUUAAAUCGUGAGAAUGAAAUUUUUUUUAGAUGAAAUGUUAGAAAUGUACGAAGCAAUAUAAUGUUAGAUUUUAAUCGAUUCGUGCUUCGUUAUUUUAUUUAUUUAUUUAUUAAACAUUUUUUUUUGAUUCAUUACGACGAUUAAAUUAUUUUGUAAUUUUUGUAGAUUUUUUUAUUUUUAUAUACAUUGCAAAAUUUUUUGAUGAUGUCGAAAACGCCAAAGAGUUAGAAAAAACUUGCCCAUUAAGGGUCCCAGAAACAUGCUGGUGGUACAUGUACGUCUUUCAGUUUUUUCUAUUGUGCAAUAUGGUUGAGAAUUUGAGUGUGGCUUUUUUCGUUUCCAUUCAUCGUCGACCUUUUUUCUCGUAACGAAAAUGAUAACGCAUGUCAAAAUAAUCUACACUAAUUACUGUAAAUUAUGUUAAAUUUAAAUUAAAAUAUAUUAAUUUUUUCAUUGCU